UUCCUUUCCUUCUCCUGGCUGAGCGGAGUGAGGUGUCAAAAAUGUCUGCUCAUUUACAGUGGAUGAUCAUCAGGAACUCCUCCAGUUUCCUCAUCAAGAGAAACAAGCAGGUGUACAGCACUGAGCCAAACAAUCUGAAGGCCAGGAACUCCUUUCGCUACAAUGGUCUGAUUCACAAGAAAACAGUCGGUGUCGAGCCUGCUGCUGAUGGAAAGGGAGUCAUUGUGGUCCUGAAAAAGCGUGCUGGCCAGCGCAAACCAGUGUCAUCAUACGAGAAGAUCACAAUUAACAAAAACGCACGUGCCACCCUCAGCAGCUUGCGCCACAUUAUUCGCAAGAAUAACUACAGGAAGGACCUGCGUAUGGCGGCUCUUCGUCGUGCCAGUGCUAUCCUGAGAAGUCAGAAGCCAGUUGUGGUGAAAAAGAAGCGCACCCGGGCUGCCAAGACUGUUUAAUGUUCUAGAAAUAUCAGUAAUUAAAAAUAUUGGAACCAAAAAAA